UAUUUGUCUCUUACAGGGAUCCGUACUUUGCACUUAUUUUGCUCAUCAGCUGCUUGACUGAGAUGAAAUAGUCGUACACUUCAUUGCUUACAAAACUUGUGGAAAAGGCUCUUUAAAACGCCGACCAUGACAUCCAACAGCGGUAUUCGAAUCCCGAGCCGACUGCCUCUGCUCUUAACCCACGAAGGCGUGCUUUUACCGGGGUCCACGAUGCGGAUUAGUGUAGACACAGCGAGGAACAUGCAGUUGGUUAAGAGCAGGCUUCUGAAGGGGACCUCGCUUAAAAGCACCAUCAUCGGGGUGAUCCCCAACACUCGAGACCCCGAGCACGACACCGAUGAUCUCCCAACGCUGCACAGGAUCGGCACGGCCGGGCUAGCGGUGCAGGUUGUGGGCAGCAACUGGCCGAAGCCUCACUACACGCUGCUGAUCACGGGGGUGUGUCGCUUCCGCGUGGCGCAGCUGCUGAAGGAGCGCCCCUUCCCCGUGGGCGAGGUCGUGCAGCUGGACAAACUGGAGCAGUACGCCAGCGCAGACGCUGCAGACGCAGUCGACGCAGCCAGCGCAGACGGGGAGCUCGGGGAACUGUCGCAGAGGUUCUACCAGGUGGCAGUGCAGCUGCUGAGUAUGUUGGACAUGUCUGUCCCUGUUGUUGCUAAGUUACGGCGGCUGCUGGACAGUCUCCCCAGAGAGACUCUGCCAGAUGUCCUGGCUGCCAUGAUCCGCACGUCCAACCAGGAGAAACUGGAGGUUUUGGAUGCAGUGAGCCUUGAGGAACGUUUUAAGAAGACUCUGCCGCUGCUGACGAGACAGAUCGAGGGCCUCAAACUGCUCCAGAAGACCAGGAAACCCAGACCGGACGAUGAUAAGAAGGUGCUGGCAGUGCGGAGGGGCGGGGUGUUUCCAGGGCGACAGUUCUCCCUGGAGGAGGACGGUGAGGAAGACGAAGGUGACGACAUAGCCUUGCUGGAGAAGAAGGUCAGAGGGGCCAAUAUGCCAGAGCCGGCCCUGCGCGUGUGCCUCAAGGAGCUCAAACGAUUGAAGAAGAUGCCCCAGUCAAUGCCAGAGUACGCCCUCACCCGAAACUACGUGGAGCUGAUGGUGGAACUUCCGUGGAGCAAGUCUACAACAGACUGCCUGGACAUCCGCGCGGCUCGCGUGCUGCUGGACAGCGACCACUACGCCAUGGAGAAGCUGAAGCGGCGGGUCCUGGAGUACCUGGCGGUGCGCCAGCUGAAGAGGGCGCUCAAGGGCCCCAUCCUGUGCUUCGUGGGCCCGCCCGGCGUGGGCAAGACCAGCGUGGGCCGCUCCAUCGCCCGGACCCUGGGCCGCGAGUUCCACCGCAUCGCGCUGGGCGGGGUCUGCGACCAGUCCGACAUCCGGGGCCACAGGCGUACCUAUGUGGGGAGCAUGCCCGGCCGCAUCAUUAACGGGCUGAAGACGGUGGGCGUGAACAACCCCGUGUUUCUGCUCGAUGAGGUAGACAAACUGGGAAAGAGUCUGCAGGGAGACCCUGCCGCCGCCCUGCUGGAGGUUCUGGACCCGGAGCAGAACCACAGCUUCACUGAUCAUUACCUCAAUGUGGCCUUUGACCUUUCUCAAGUGCUGUUCAUUGCCACGGCGAACACCACGGCAACCAUACCCCCUGCCCUGCUGGACAGAAUGGAGGUGCUGCAGGUGCCAGGGUACACUCAGGAGGAGAAGGUGGAGAUUGCUCAUCGUCACUUGAUACCCCACCAGCUGGAGCAGCAUGGGCUGACCCCCCAACAGCUGCAGAUACCCCAGGACACCACGAAGGACAUCAUCAGCAGGUACACCCGAGAGGCAGGCGUGCGCUCGCUGGAGAGGAAGUUCGGGGCGAUCUGUCGGGCGGUGGCUGUCAAAGUGGCGGAGGGGCACAAGGCGGCCAAGCCUGACCCCCCGCUUCCGGACUCCUCCCACGCCGGGGGCGAGGUCGGAGCCCAGGAGCAAGAGGGCAGGGGGCAGGAGACUCUGGGGGACCCGGGUGACUUGGCCCUGCCCCCUGAGAUGCCCAUCGUGCUGGACUGCCACGCCCUCAAGGACAUCCUGGGCCCGCCCCUCUACGAGAUGGAGGUGUCUGAGCGUCUGACGCUGCCGGGCGUGGCCAUUGGGCUGGCCUGGACGCCGCUGGGCGGGGAGAUCAUGUUCGUGGAGGCCAGUCGCAUGGAGGGGGAGGGGCAGCUGACCCUGACCGGGCAGCUGGGUGAUGUCAUGAAGGAGUCUGCCCAAUUGGCCAUCAGCUGGUUGCGCAGCAACGCAAAGACAUACCAGCUGACCAAUCUAGCGGGUGGGGCAGACCCUCUGGAGGGGACGGACAUUCACCUGCACUUCCCGGCGGGUGCAGUGACCAAGGACGGCCCCUCUGCUGGCGUCACCAUGGUGACGUGCCUGGCCUCGCUGUUCAGUGGUCGCCUUGUGCGUUCUGAUGUGGCCAUGACUGGAGAGAUCACACUGAGGGGCCUAGUGCUGCCGGUGGGCGGGAUCAAGGACAAGGUCCUGGCAGCUCACAGGGCGGGUCUGAAGCGCGUGGUCCUGCCCAAACGCAACGAGAAGGACCUGGAGGAGAUCCCGCCUCACAUCCGAGCCGAGCUGGACUUCGUCACGGCCAGCUCGCUGGACGAGGUGCUCAACGCCGCUUUCGACGGCGGCUUCCCCGCCACCCAGGAACCCUUCGCCCCUCCGCAGGUCGUCAGCAAACUCUGAGGGCACAGCCCUCUCCCCUCCUACCUACCCUCGGAAAACUCCUCCAACAGACAUCCCCCUUCCUGUUCCUCUUAUCAAGGGUGUGGUUUCUUCCUGAUGAAUCAGAAAUACUGAUUUUUCAGACCCUAAAUGUCUGGAAGCGGAAGAGGUUUUGGAUACGUCACAAGCACAUACGUCAGGCUUUUGCACAUCGACAGGAUUUUCAGCAACAAACCCAACAAAAGUGCAAUUUCAGGUCAUUAAAAUCUGUAUUUCCUGAGUAAGCAGGAAAGUCACUUCCCUGCUAAUAUACUCUUAGGUAAAGAAACACUAGCUGAAAAGUGACCUUAUAUAUAAUGAGUAACUGUCGGGAGAAUUUAAUUUCUUUGUUUUUGUUUUGACUGCACUGAACGCAUUACUUAACAGCCUUUUCCCCACUUAGAUGAUGUCACGCAAUCUCCUUAAUUUUGGGAUUUGGGGAUUCUAACCCUCCCACUAGGUAAUUCAUUGAAGGAAUUAUUUUGCCAUAGUUGGGAGUGUGCUUUCAGUGUGUAAUUGCUCAAAAUGGCCACAGUUGUCUGUCUUAUUUUGUUGAGAUGUAUGAGUUGUGUGGAUCUGAUCAGCAGUGGCCUAAGCUUUGUGUGCAGUUGACAACAACCUCACUGUUCAUGCGUGUCCUGAUUGGUUAAAUCAGAUUUGGACGGGGUCCAUAACAGGGUCAUUGCUAUAUUUUACCUUUUCUUUUUUUUUUUGAAUUGUCCAUGACACUGCUCGUUGGUACUGUCCUGUCAUUGGUGAGCAGGCUCUUGACUGUGAGGACUAACCACAUGUAGCCACGGAUUAAUAAAUAGAAUGGUCAACCAGCUGUAUUCGUUGGGAGAUUCACAUACAAACAGAUAAUGGAAAUGUUAAUAUAUUUGUGUCCUUGUGAAGGUCAUGGCUUAGCAUUCAAGCAGUGAGAAUGAAUGAACUCAUUAAAUUGGAGCAGCUUGUGUAACCCUGUUCUAAAACCAGUUUCUCAAAUCAGUGAGAAAUUGAAUUUAAGAUUACACGUCCCUCAAAAGUGGUAAAAAUAUGGUAGAAAUGUCUUUUGUUCCACUUCUGAAAAGGUUGCGUUGCGAUGAAACUGUUUUACCAUUUGAUUAAACUAAUUGGAUUGCUGUCUUAA